AAAAAAAAAAAUAACGCGUGAAAAAAAUUGCAGUACACGUGCUUCUGAAAAAGUUUAUCUCUGUCUCGUAUUUUAAAGUAUUAAUUAUGAAAAUGAAAAUGUUUGUUGUAAUGUUUUGUAAUAUAUUUUAUUACGUUUUUUUUAUUUUAAUUUGAAUUUACCGCGGGUUGUAAAGAGCAAUAACUCUGUCCAUAACAGCAGGCGUGUUUACAUUUCCGGUUGAAAAUAGAUUGAAAGUGAAAGUCACAGUAAAGUUGGAAAUUGGAAAUGUAGGGAGUUCAAGCACUAAACAUGAGCCAAACUUCGAUAAAAAUAUACCAUAUACCAAACAUACCAAAGUACUACUUCAAUGGAUGCAGAGUGUGUCGUACAACUUUUUAACAUCGAUAAGUAUACCAUCAGAAAUUGUUCUUUAUCAAGAUGAUGAAUUUUUAGAAGAUAUAGAGCGUGUGGAUGAAUUAUAUUUCUCUAAACUUGUUGCUCCAAAAUCUAACGUGCGCGACAGACAGUUUUGUGAUCUGUCAAGUGACAGCGAGACAGAUACGAGUGAUUUUGGUGAUGUAAAUUAUGAUUCUGACUCUGAAAGUGACAAUGACAACUAUGAUGGGGAUGUAUAUAUACCGAAUGAAGUUAAUGACACCGACACGAAGGAAUACAUAAUCCGUUCCAAAUUUCAGAAUGACACUUGCGGGUGUAAGGAGUUUUAUGGAAUGCCAUGUAGCACGAAAAUUGCAUGUGAGUUCCGUGAUCAUUGUCUACAGUGUACUCGGGAGGAACUUGACACUAUACUUAAAGUUGAAAUGUUUGCACAUAGGCGAUCUGGAUCUGUCACACAGUCCAAGAAACACAGAGAAAAAGAACGAGAAAGACCAUUUCAGGAGUACUACUUCAAUGGAUGCAGAGUGUGUCGUACAACUUUUUGUUUUGUACAUGCGGUUGAAAGAAAAAAACUCCAUAAAGUUGCCAGGUCUCUUGAUACAGAAGGGUUUUUACCCAGAACACAUGGAAACAGUGGUAAGGCUCCGCAUAAUAGCUUAUCAGUGACAGACAGGGAUCGAAUCAAAACAUUUAUUACCAAGUAUGCUAGUGACCAUGCCCUGCCUCUACCAGGCCGACUGCCAAAUUACAAAUCUGAGAAAGUGCUUCUACUUCCGUCGGAUACGACAACUGCUGACAUUCAUGCUAAGUAUGAGAUUCUAGCUGAAGAAAUGAACUUCAGAAGAAUACACUUAAGGACAUUUCAAAGAACUUGGCACGAGUUGUGUCCAUUUAUUACAAUCAUGAAUCCAUGCACUGACCUGUGUCAGCUUUGUCAGAAUUUCUCUCAUCAACUGUCGACAGUUUCUAAUAUGAAUGAUGAGGAAAAGGAAGAAAUCCUUUCUACUUACACGCAGCAUGUUUCCCAAGCUAAACAGCAAAGAGACUACUACAGACACCAGUAUACCACCAGCAAGGAAGUGUUCAUUUCCUUAUCAGAGGAAUGUAAACAAACUGGAAAUGCUCCAUGCUCAGUUGAUGUGGAAAUGCACUAUUCCUGGGACUAUGCUCAGCAAGUUCAUUUUCCACAUCAUGCCCAACAAGUGGGACCAAUAUUUUUUAAGACGCCCCGGAAGUGCAAUGUGUUUGGUGUAUGUUGCGAGGGUUCAGGAAAACAAGUGUUCUACUUGAUUGAUGAGGCUGAGAACACAGGAAAGGGUGCUAAUUCUGUCAUUAGUAUGGUUCAACACUUUUUUCAAUACCAUGGAUAUGGAGAAAAAACAGCAGCCAUUCAUUUCGACAACUGCAGUGGGCAAAACAAAAACAACUUUGUCUUAUGGUAUGCUCUAUGGAGAGUUCUUGUAGGACUCCAUGUUAUUGUGGAAUAUUCUAUGAUGGUGGCAGGACACACUAAAUUUGAUCCUGACUGGCAUUUUGGAGUCUGGAAAGUAAAAUGGCGUUCAUCUACAGCAGAAACCAUGAAUGAAAUAGCAGACACAGUCCGUCAUUCAUCCCGCAGAGGCCAUAACAUUCCUCAGCUCGUGUCAGAUCCACAAACACCUGUGCAGUUUAGGGACUGGAAGUCGUACUUUGAACAGUUCUUCAAACCGUUGAAAAACAUUCGAGGCUAUCAUCAUUUCCGAGUAAGUGCUGAGACUCCUGGUGUUGUUGAAUGUAAGGAACUCUGUAAUUCUGUUCCUUUGUGUGUUAAUCUCCUGAAAGAUCAGAAUAUCCUUCCCUCCGUAAGUGAUCCUCUGCCUCAAGAAAUCCCAGCACCUGGUCUUGACCCCAAGAGGCAAUGGUACUUGUAUGAGGAAAUCCGUGAACAUUGUCUAUCACUCUCUUCUAAAGACACAUCAUGUCCAAAACCAGUCGUACCAAAGAAAGAGGUGAAAGUUUAUUCACGUCAUCAUUCUAGUACGUCACACUUGGGGAAAAGGAAAAGUCUUCUCCUUAGAUGAAAGGGAGGACUAUUGUGUGUAAGAAAGAUUAGAAGUAAGAUGUAUACAUGUAGUUCCUAUUGUGUAAUUUCCCAUAAUGUGUUACAUUCAUGUACUUUUCUGUCCAUCGAAUUUCAUUGCUUUAAAACAUUUGUUGGAAUUGUUACGUUUACCCAACUGUUUACAUAAGCUGUGUCCAAUGAGUAGUGUUACAUCUCAACAGUUAAAAAAAUGUUUAACAGUAAGAAAAUUGUUAUAUGGUGUUUUCACCUUCUCUGUGACAUUUUCCUUUAAAUGCACUUUAGAUAUAUUUAGUAUAACCAAAAAUAUUACAAAACUUUGUCAAAUAUGAUUAACUACAGAUUUUUAAUUUUCAAAAGAUGCGAUUUUCACACUGCCCCCCAACAUUUAAUUGUUAUAAUCUUUAUACUUAAUACUGUUGAUAAUUUUAAGAAAGUACAGAUGCAUACAUCUGUAAUAUCAUAACAGUACAUUUUAUCUAUAACAUGCAUGUUUGCAAUAUUCAGAGUGCUUGUUUUAAAAAUAGUUUCCUGCUAUUCAUAUUUUUGUGAUUUUGCUUACAACUGUCAAAGAACCUCUGUCAUACUGUAAUUUAUGUGAUUCCUGGUGUUUUUUGUCAUAACUAGGAAUAAUAACUUUUUUGUUAUUUUGGAAUGUAAUUUCAAUUUGCAUAUUUAUCUUGAUAAUAAUUAUUGUGCAUUUCUCAUGUUUCUAGAGUUUAAUAUUUUAUUGAAAAUAAAUGGUUGGAUUAUUUUGUUCAUUAUGCAUGUUUUCUUCCCUUUCUUUCUUUGGUCAUCGAUGCUGGUAGGAUAAUAAGUCAGACUUCUGAAUCAAAUUCAGUUGUUCCAAUACUGGCAAUAGCCAUAUGUAAUAAGUAACAGUCAUAUGUAAUAAGUAAGAAUGACAGUAUAUUUAAUGAUUCAGUUUAUUUUCAUCAUAUCUAAGCAAAAUUUUAAGAAGAGUUUAAAGAAAAAGAAGAGAAUGUUCUUAAUAUACCAAUAGACUGAAAUUGUUGAGAUAUAUUUUCUAAUUACGACGUUAUGGUAACGUCACUGACGUUAUGAUAUGAC